AAUAUAUGAUUAUAUGUAAGCAUAAUCUUUAAAAUACUUUCACCACCAAUUACAUAAAAUUUCCCACAAUUCCUUUCAAAAUGGCUGCCUUCAUGCGGAGAGUACACAUGGAUCUACCAUUAAAACAUACAAAGAAGUGCUUUUUAACAUGCAGAAACAUUCACAGACUCAUAAGACACGGUGUAAACUCUAGUCUAAAGUUAGGAACAAAUUUACACGGAAUCGGAUACUCCUCUGGACAUGGACACCUUACCCAUAGGCUGAUACAAUGUUCACGUUCAUUGCAGAGCCAUAGAAUGUCCUCGAAAGUGCCUUUGGAUGGCGGGGUGCGCUGUCUUACUAGCUUUGCCAACAGCCGGUUCUUUCAAAAUAGAAGCUGCAUGCUAGGUUUGAGUAAUUAUUCUUCAAACUCUUCGUACCUUCUCGGAAAUUGUGCCUCGAAUCAUUACAUAACGUCUCGAAACUACAGCAGUGCCAGCAGCGGGAGUGGAAGUGACAGCGAUGAUUACGACGACGAUAAAGAUAUUAGAGAAAAUGUCCACAACAAGGUGGAUGACAGUGAAGAACAGACAUAUCCGAUGCCGCCUUACUUCGAACGAGCAAACACAGCAGCUCUAAGCAGACAAACGGUGCCACUUGACUUCCCGCAUGUUCCAAUAGUUGCCGUUGAUGAUUUCCCUUUGUUUCCAAAAUUUAAUAAAGUGCUUGAGAUAACAGAUGACGCCUUGGUCAGAUUGAUAAAAAAGAAACAUGAACUCAGGUUGCCAUAUAUUGGGAUUUUCCAGAAGGAGAUAUCAAGUGGAGAUACCACUGAAGGUAUGCUGCUGAGGAGGAAUAUCUACAGAGUGGGAACAUUUGCCAAGAUAAACACAAUCCAAGAUUUUGAAAAUGGUAUAAGGAUGACUGUACUUGGACACCGGAGGAUUAAAAUUCUCAAAGUUCUUGAUGACAGUGAAGUUACAUAUAACAAACCACCUUCACUUAGUGCAGAAAAAGAUAAAGACCAAAGACAUUCAAGGGAUAUUGAUGAAGGUUAUUCAGAACCAGAGUUGGAAAGAACCAUCUAUCCCGGAGAAUUACUGAUGGCAUAUACAGAGAACAUGGUAGAAGAAGAGUUUGAAAAAAAUCAACAUUUAAGAGCCCUUACAGAAGAAAUCAUAAAAACUAUCAAAGACAUAAUGUCUGUGAAUGAAUUUGCCAGAGAUACUUUGGUUUUCCUAUUGCAAAAUUCUUCAAUAAGGGUAGGAGAAAACCCACCAUAUCUUGCAGAUUUAGGUGCUGUGCUUGUUGGACAUUCACCAAAUGAGACACAAAAAGUCCUGGAGGAAAUGAAUAUACCUGAAAGGCUGAGGUUGUCUUUGACUUUGCUGAAAAAGGAGUGGGAAACUAAGCAGAUUCAGCAGAAGAUAAGAAGUGAGGUGGAAGAAAAUAUACGACAAGCGGGGCACAGGGCCUACCUGAUGGAGUCCAUGAAAGUUAUCAAAAAAGAUUUAGGAAUGGAUAAAAAUGAUAAAGACACAGUAGAAGAGAAGCUUCGAGAAAAGCUAAAAGGAAAAACUUUACCUCCUCAUGUCCAGGAGACUAUUGAAGAAGAAUUUCAAAGAUUCAGUUUUUUGGAUCCCCAUUCGUCUGAAUUUAAUGUCACCAGGACCUAUUUGGAAUGGCUGACAUCUAUGCCAUGGGGGAUUUUCAGUGACGAAAAACUCGACUUGGAGCAUGCAAAACAAAUUCUAGAUGAGGACCAUUAUGGGAUGGAUGAUGUUAAAAAUAGAAUUUUGGAAUUUAUUGCAGUAAGUCAGCUGAAAGGCUCCACACAAGGAAAAAUGAUGUGUUUUCACGGUCCACCCGGCACUGGGAAGACCAGUAUUGCAAAGUCCAUAGCAAGGGCCCUGAACAGAGAAUAUUUCAGGUUUAGUGUGGGUGGAAUGGAGGAUGUGUCUGAGAUCAAGGGUCACAGAAGGACAUAUGUUGGUGCUAUGCCAGGAAAGAUCAUCCAGUGUUUGAAGAAAACAAAGACGGAAAAUCCACUCAUUCUCAUUGAUGAGAUUGACAAGAUGAACAGAAGUUGGAGAGGGGACCCGGCAGCUGCCAUGCUUGAGCUGUUAGAUCCCGAGCAGAAUGCUAACUUUCUUGAUCACUACUUGGAUGUUACUGUGGAUCUUUCUAAGGUAUUGUUCAUCUGUACUGCCAAUCAGACCAAUACCAUCCCAGACCCCCUCAAAGACAGGAUGGAGCUGAUAGAUGUGUCUGGAUAUGUGGCAGAUGAAAAAGUGGCCAUUGCACAGCAAUAUCUUAUCCCCCAAGCUCGCCAGCUGUCUGGCAUAAAUGAUGAACAAGUGAAAGUCGGAACAGAUGCUCUCAAUGUCCUUAUAAAGAACUACUGCCGAGAGAGUGGAGUUAGAAAUUUACAGAAGCACAUUGAAAAGAUUUUUAGGAAAGCUGCUUACAAGAUAGUAAAAAAAGAAGAAGACUCCAUUAUGGUUGACAGUGAUAAUUUGCAAACCUAUGUUGGCAAGCCAGUCUUCACCCAUGACAAACUAUAUGAGGAGACGCCCCCUGGUGUUGUGAUGGGGCUGGCCUGGACAGCUAUGGGUGGAUCCACACUGUUUAUUGAGAGCACUGGGAAGAAGGCAAUGGACACAUCCAAAGAUGCCGCUCUCACCAUGACAGGGCACCUGGGGGAUGUGAUGAAGGAGAGCGUACAGAUUGCAUACAUAUUUGCCAAGGCAUUCUUGCUGAAGAAAUACCCAGACAAUAAAUAUUUACAGCACACUGAUGUGCAUGUCCACGUGCCUGAGGGUGCCACCCCCAAAGACGGCCCCAGUGCAGGAUGUACCAUAGUGACGGCCCUGUUAUCCUUGGCCAGGAACCUCCCCAUCAGGCAGAAUGUCGCCAUGACAGGCGAGGUCUCCCUUACGGGGAAGAUACUCCCAGUUGGAGGAAUCAAGGAAAAGAUCAUUGCUGCAAAGCGUGUGGACGUGAACUGCAUCAUACUGCCUGCAGAAAACAAAAAGGACUUUGCCGACUUGCCCAACUUCAUCACUGAGGGGCUCGAGGUUCACUUUGUAGAUAACUACCAAGAAAUAUACGAUACUGUUUUUGAUUCCUAACAGACUGGAAAGCCUGUCAUCUGGCACUGGCAUCAGACUUGAUUUGCCAAGAUAAUAGUCUGUACAUUCUCAAAAUACACCAACAUUAAGAUGGAUAACGUCUUACUUCCCUGGUGGUCUGUGUCAGUUAAAAAUGUUUUCACAGGAAGGAGAUGUUUAGUAUAACCAUCGAAAUCUGUCAAAAAUGCACAACAUUAUUGAUACAUUUAUCUUGGAUUUCAAUUUAACAGAGUGGCUUCCGUGUAACAUUAUGAUAAUGCUUCUGCUUUGGGCAUCUUAUCUGACUGAUCAAGCUGUAAAAAAUGUUGAAAUUUUACUUUAAUAGUAUAUGACCUCAACUGUGCAAAUUAUAUAAACCCAAUGUACUGCUAGAAGAAUUAAGUAAAUUGGAAAUGAGGUUUUUUAAACCUGCCCAACAGGAA